UGUGAUACAGAGAAGCAGGAGGGUGCAAGGCUUUCACUAUUUGAUGGCUCAGAUAACCGUCAGCAGCAGGACUGGAAGGACCCGUCGUCUUCAUCGCCACUCAGCUGAUUUCAGAGCUAUCAGAACAUGACCUUGGACAACCACUCCCUCGACUAUUUUAAUGGCACGCCGUGGUUCGUCUACGAGUGCACCAUCCAGCUGGACCCCAGCUACCGGCGCAUUACCCUCUUCCUGCUCUACCUUUUUGUCUUCAUGGUGGGUCUGCUGGAGAACAUGCUAGUUGUGUGGGUCAACUGGCGCCGACGCCACUCGGCCAACGGCGUUCUCUUCUGCAUCAUCAACGUGAGCCUGUCAGACCUGAUGGUGAUCGUGCUCCUGCCUUUCUUCAUGCUGGAGGUGACCAUGGACAAGGUUUGGCUGUGGGGACGCUUCCUCUGCAAAGUCACCAAACUCAUCUAUGCUGUCAACUUUUACAGCAGCUCCUUCUUCCUGGCCUUCAUGACCUUGGAGCGCUAUCUCUCCCUGACCAGACCCUCAUCUCAAACCUUCUUCCCAGUGGUGGGCCGGCGGCGCUGGCUGGUCUGCGGGGGUCUUUGGGCGUUCUCCUUUUUCUUGGCUCUGAUAGAAAAUGUCCAUGUGGAUCUUCUGGAGUGGGAUGAGCCUGGCUGUUAUAUGGUGCCUCAGCACAACUUCACUGAAUGGUUCGUGACUGUGGCUUCCUUUUGCAUAAUCUUCCAGUUCCUGGGUCCUGCUUCCGUCAUCAUCACCUGUAAUGUGCUGAUUGCUAAAGCAGUCAAAUGUUCUCCAGAUGUGCAGGGUCGGCGCGACGUGUGGCUGGUGCAUGUGUACUCGCUGGUGUUUGUCAUGUGCUGGCUGCCCUAUCAGAUGGUGAUGUUCCUGCUUCUCAUUGACGAUAUCGACCCCUUCCUUAUGACCUGCAACACCGUGGAAGUCCUCUACUUUUCUGUCAGUGUGGUGGAGGGCCUGUCUUUCCUCCACUGCGUCGCUAAUCCCAUCCUCUACAACUUUCUGAGCAAGAGCUUCCGCGACAACAUGAUCAACGCUGUGGUGGGCUGCAUUCCCCAAGAGGAGACUGUUGUUCAGAGGGAAAACCAGCCCAGUGCUCCCAACGAAAGCAGGGGAGAGCCAGGGAAGCAGCGCAAAUUAAGUAACGGCAGCACCAGCCAGUCUGAUGUGGGAUCAUAAAGGUCUGAAGUACGUUUUGGGAUUCAGUCUCAGUGCUUGGAGCACCAGGGACACUUGACUGUGUAAAGUAUCACUCUGGUUAUGAACCCUUUCCUGUUUGUUUGUUUGUUUGUUAAUCAAUAUUGUUUAGUUUUACACAGAGGAAGGACAGGUUUGUGAUUUUUUUGCCUCCAUAAAGCUGCUUAAAUCUAACCGGAACUCCAUUAUCUGUAGAUAUGUCCAGUGUCAGGUAGUAACACUAGUAUUCAAAUACACGUCCUACAGAUGUGGUUCUGUACACACUUGCAUUUUUGUAGUUUGCACAUCUUGUUAUUGUGCAGUUAAACUCCUGCAAACGCUUUAAAUAUCCAACCAUGGUUGCUGGCCAUCACAUCACUUAUCAUUCUUACUGAUUUUUAUUGCCAUUUCUGUCUCUAUCUGAAAUAAGGCAGAAAAAGGAAAAGAAGGUUGUUGUUGUUCACAGAUGGCACAAUAGCAGGAAAACAGCAGGCUUUAAAGGGGCAAAGAUCACAAAACCCUGGAAACAGAAGGUUCCCAACAUUCUGCAGAUUCCUGCAAGUUUGCUGCUGAAAAUGUGAUGAUAGGUGGGUUUCAUGCUGCAAGUCAUUUAGGCUGAUAAGUCUGUUUCUUUUAUUCUGUUGAAAAACAUUUAGAAAUUAGACCAACAGUUAUAAUCUCAGACACAGUGGGUAAUGUACAAAAGAUCACAAAUCAUAAAUAUGAGGUAACAAACAAAUGUGAUGAGCACUAUAUGUUUCUACAGUAGAACAAACUUCAUGUGCUCUAAACAAGAAACAUCAUUCAGGCAGUGAUGCAAGAAUUAUUAACACCACAAAUAUACUGUCACAAAAUGAAAUGAUCCCUGAUACUGUGUUUUUAAGAUGAUACAUUGCGCCAAAAACACAUACUUCAUGCACAAUGUCUCAUUUUACAUUAAUGUUAAAGUUUUAGGUGGAAACAGGAGAUUAUUUAACCCUUUAUACUCUGAACUGACAAUCAUGUUCUUUGAAUGUAGUAAAUGUGUGAACUGUGGAUGACUUUACUGCUCAAUCAUUUGUAUUUUACAGAUUAAUAAAGUCUUUGAAUGUAAA